CCGUCUGCCUGGCGCCGCCCACAGCCCGCCCCUAGGACUGGUCUCCGUCCCUGGUGCUGACGCAGCCCAGGGCCGUGGGGCCCUCCCUCAGAGAGCUAGAAACCCUCGCCCCAGGCUGGGGUGCGCGGCCGUGGCCCCCGCCCGCCCCCACCCGGAGCCCCUAAACGCCCGUCUCCGCCGCGGCUCGACAGAGACCGGAACUGGGGCGAGAGGCGGCCAGCCCGAGACCGGAAGCGGAAGCGUGGGGCGCUGCCGUGGAAGGAGCCUGCGGGGCUGGCUGCGUGGGGUGCGCCGUCUUCUUCGCGCGGGACCGGCUUCACGUGGGCCCGGCCUGAGCACGCUGUGCCAACCAGAGGAGCGUCCGGGUUCUUCCGCUGCCCGUUGUCCGGGGAAAUUCCUGUCUGAGUCACACAGGAUGGCGGCCGUGGUUCUGCCCCCCACUUGUGCUCAGCCUUCCCUGUACUCAGCCUCUCCUCGGAACGGACGCACGGAGGAGGAAGGGUUGGCUAAGGGCUUCCUGACCGGCUGGUUACCGCACUCGGUGACCUUCGAGGAUGUGGCCGUGGAGUUCACCCAGGAGGAGUGGGCCCUGCUGGACCCUUCUCAGAGAACACUGUACAGAGACGUGAUGCAGGAGAACUGCAGGAACCUGGCCUCGCUCGGAAAUCAAGUUGGUAAGCCUGGUGUGGUCUCCAGAUUGGAGCAAAAAGGUAAAGUGGUGACAGAGGAGACUGGAAUUCUCCCAGGCAGCUUUCCAGAUUUGGAGACUCUACUUAGAGCCAAAGGGUUAACUUCUAAGCAGCAUGUUUUCAGACAAGAGCAACACAAAGGUGUAAAAAUGGAAAGAAAUCAUCUCGGAGUGAAAGUCAAUGAAUGUAAUCAGUGCUUUAAAGUCUUCAGCACAAAAUCUAACCUCACUCAGCACAAGAGAAUUCAUACUGGAGAAAAACCCUAUGACUGUAAUCAGUGUGGCAAGUCCUUCAGCAGUAGAUCCUACCUGACCAUUCACAAGAGGAUACACAAUGGGGAGAAGCCCUAUGAAUGCACGGACUGUGGCAAAGCCUUCAAUGAUCCCUCAUCCCUGAGGCUGCACGUGAGAAUUCACACUGGAGAAAAACCCUACGAAUGUAAUCAGUGUUUCCAUGUCUUCCGCACUAGGUGUAUCCUCAAAAGGCACAAGGGAGUUCAUACCGGGGAGAAUCAUUAUGAGUGUAAGCAGUGUGGGAAGGCCUUCAGCACAAGGUCCUCCCUUACUGUGCAUCACAGAAUUCAUACGGGGGAGAAACCCUAUGAGUGCCAUGACUGUGGGAAAGCCUUUAGGAAGAGCUCACAUCUGACACAGCAUGUGAGAACUCAUACUGGAGAAAAACCCUAUGAGUGUGAUCAGUGUGGAAAAUCCUUCAGCAGUAGCUUUUCUCUUACUGUGCACAAGAGAAUACAUAAUGGAGAGAAACCUUAUGAAUGUAGUGACUGUGGGAAAGCAUUUAACAAUCUCUCGUCUGUUAAGAAACAUGUGAGAACUCACACUGGAGAGAAACCCUACAAAUGUAGUCAUUGCGGAAAAUCUUUCACCACUAACUCUUACCUUUCUGUGCACAAGAGAAUUCAUAAUAGGUAGAUAGGAAUGCAGUGACUAUGGGAAAGAAUCCAUUGAUUUCUCAACCUCAGACAUCUUGGCAAUUCAUACUGGAUGCAGAAAUUAUCUUUGCAUAACAAAUUAACCCCAAAGCGUAGUCCUUUAAAGCAACAAACCUUUAUUAUCUCACAAUUUAUGUAGGUCAGGAGUUCAGAAAUGAAUUAGCUACGUAAUUCUAAUUCUAGCUCCCUCAUGAGGUUGCAAUCAAUGUGCCAACUAGAACUACCAUCAUCUGAAGUCUUUAGGAAUGAAGGGUCCACUUUGAAGGUUGAUUAUUCACAUGCCUGACAAACUAGUGCCAGUUGUUGGCAUGGGACCUGCAGUCCCUCGCCAUGUAGGCCUCUCCACAGUGAUGAGUGUCUUUACAAUAUGGCAGCAGGUUCUCUCCAAAUAAAGUGAUCCAAAAGAGCCAAUGCAGAAGCCAUAAUGUCUUUUAUGACCUAGUCUCAGAAGGAUAUAUUGUCUCUUCAUCUAUAUUGUGUUGGUCACCUGGACCAAUCCUGACUCGAUGUGGGAGGGAACUACACAAGGUAUGCAUAAAAGGAGACAGAAACUACUGGGGACCAUUUUGGAGCCUGGCCAUGACUCAGUGAGGGAAAGCCUUCAGCAGGCCCUCCUUCUAAUCUAAUCAACAUGGAAUAAUAUUCAAUAGCCCACAUGUUAACUAACUGUGGAGAGAAGCCUUAUCAAGUGCAGCCUAUGUGGUAAAACUCUCACAGAAAAAAAAUUAUCUACUGGGGAGCAACAGGAGGAAUGCAUUGGCUAAAGGGAAGCCUGUCAUGAUAUCUCCAGUGAAUCACAAUUAUCAAAAUAGUAUGACAAUUCACACUAAGGGAAAGCCCUAGGAAUAUCACAAAAUGGAAACCUCUUCAGAAGACACACACCCUUUGAGGCGUGCAUAAGGAAUCACACUGUAGAGGAGCACUGUGUAUAAGAAACACGGAAUGGAAACCAUUGGUACCCUACUCUUCCCUCUCUGUGCCUAGAGAGGUUAAUGGGCUAUAUCCUUGGGCUCAUUUGCCUUUGGGCUUCUGUUUGGGUUGGUCAGUGGAGAGCCCAGGUAGGAGAUCAGAGGGAUGGAGGAGAAUGAAUACAUACCACACCAUUUCCCCACAAGAGAACUGGGAUCUGGGUGCUAUCCUGGGCCUCUUCUCAGCCCAUGUAGUGCAGCCUUCUCCCCUCUUCCCACUAUGCUCCAAAACUUCAAUAAUCACUCCCUCCUCUUUCCUCUUCUUCCUUGUUCUUCUUCCAGUCACUGAAUAUGCACUAUUACCUUUUGGUUUCCCUGCAUCCUGCCUGCAAUUGUUCUGGUAUAGUGAUACACCAAGGUACUAAGAGUAUAAUGAAUGGUCUUUACCAUUUCCUACAAGGCCCCAAACAAUCAGGAUCCACUGUAGAUCUGACCCCCCCCCCUUCCACCAGUCCGGUUUACUUCCUAUACUCUAGUCACACUUGUCUUGCUGUAGCCCCAUCACCCCAGCACAGUUCAAUAUCAGGGUCUCUGUACUACCUAGACUAAUAUUCCCAACGUAGCUACGUAGCUCACUCUUUCAGUUCACUUAGGUUUCUGCCAAAAUGUCUCCUGACUGAAAGGCUUUCAUUCCCACUCCAUAUAUAAUGAGCAAGUCACCAAUUCCCACAUUUCUAUCUUUAUUAGGAGUUCUUUAUCUCAGUAGCACUUAUUAUCAUCUGACUUUCUAUAUAUACUUCUUUAUUUGACUAAUACUUAUUCCCCAUCCCAACCCUCACUAAAUUAUAAACACCAUGAAAGCAAGGACUGUGCAUUUGAUUCAUCACCGCAGAUCCUGUGCCACAAGCCAUGCCUGGUACAAAGGCAGUGUUCUGUUCUAUUGCAUAGAGAUUAAGAGUAUGGACUCUGGAGAGAGACCAUUUGAGGUCAAGUCUAGACCUUACCACUUAAUUGCCUGGUUACCUCAGACAAGUAACAAACAUUUUGUGCCCAAGUUUUUUUCAUUUGUAAGAUGGAAACAAUGAGAGUGCUUUAUAAACUUGUACUGAGGAUCCAAUUAGUUAAAAUAUGUAAGCACUUGAGAGACUGCCUGGUAUAUAGGAAACACUAUAUAUGUAUCUCGUUUUUUAUUGUGAAUUAAACUUAAUUGAGAAUUAUACCAAGCAAAACAAGCCGGACACAGAAGAGUAAAUACUGUAUGAUUCUAUUUAUACAGAUUUCUAGAACAGGCAGAAUCUAAUCUGUGAGGGGGUUUGGGGGGAAGAAGAGUGGUUGCAUCUAAAUUUGAGGCGGGGAGGUGAGGCAGUAGCUGGGAUUGACUGGGAAAGGACAACCAGGAACUUUACAGGUUGAGAAAAAUAUUCUAUGUCUUGGCAGGAGUAUAAGUUACACAGAUAUAUGCAUUUGUCAAAAUGCAUUGAACUGUACACUUAAGAUUUGUACAUUGCAUUGCAUGUAAAUUAUACCUCAAUUUUAAUCAAACUCAAUUUGCUAAGUGAAAAAGACAAAAAGCCACAUGUAUGAUUCCAUUGAAUGACAUUCUGGAAAAGACAUGACUGUAGGGAAGGACAACAAAUCAGGAGUUACUAGGGGUAAGAGGUGGAAAUAGGAUUACUACAAAGACACAGCACAAGGGAAUUUGGAAAUUUUGGAACUACCCAAUAGCAUGACUGUGUUGAUGGCUACAAAUAUCUCUGUAUUUUUCAAAACAUUACAUUACAUGUGGAACAUUACAGCACAAAGAGUGAAUAUUAUUAUAGGUUAGAACAAAAUAUAAUCACUAGGUAGCAGAGGGAACACAAAAUGGCAUGCAGACUAUGAUGAAUGCAGCUCACUGUAUUACAAAUGAAUAACCAAACAACACUGAAGGGUGUGGAGAGGAAAUCUAACUUACUUAGGAAAAAUAUAUUUUGACCUGAUACUAUAAGACUAAAAGC